UGACAAGCCAACUUCAUCACACUCAUCAAUGAUUCCAAAACACUAUCUCAUCGGACUGUGAAGGAGAGUUUCUUUCCAUUGCUCCGACACUGAAAUAAGCAUCCGCAAAAGAAGGAAGCUCGGUCACAGUCAUUUCUUUAAGCACGCGCCAUUUUCGUUCCAGGACGCAACCAGCCUCUUCUCACUUACUACCACUACCGUGGUAAACUACCACAACCUACACUCGAAGACAUAUCUCGACGUGCCCGACACCGUUUAUCUUUUGAAUAACACGAUUAGGCGCGACUGACCUUGCCUGUGGCUGAAAGAGAAGGAGCAAUCGAGGGCUGAGUGUGCGCAUACGUCAUAGGCAAAAUGUUUCCACCAUCACAAGGCCUGCGGCUGGACAUCGAUGCAAUCAGCCAGAUUUUUGGUUCAAUCAGUAUUGCUUGUUGGAUAGUGGUCUUCUCACCUCAAAUCAUCGAAAACUGGAGGAGGGGUUCCGCCGAAGGCCUCUCGGUCGUUUUCAUUAUAAUAUGGCUUCUCGGUGACUUCUUCAAUAUCUUCGGCGCCGUCCUUCAGGGCGUGCUGCCCACCAUGACUAUCCUGGCCGUAUACUACACCCUGGCCGACAUCGUCCUCCUGCUCCAAUGCUUUUGGUACAAGGGUUUCACGCUCCGCGACAUAGUCAACAAGCCCGGCGACGAGUCGACUGAUACCGGCUCCCCCGUGAGCGAGGACGAGCCCCUCCUGUCUGACUGCCGCCAAAACGGCGCCUCAUACGCCAGCGUCGUUGCCAACGGCCACUCCAACGGCCACCCACCCCGCAUCUCAGACGCAGACCGCCGCCACUCAAACCACUCCCAGUCCUCCUUCCGCGAGCGCUUCCUCUCAAUCGACGGCACGCACCUCUCGCCCGCCACGCCGCUGCACGGCGACGCCAAUGGCGAAGUUCGCGUCGAGCGACGCCCGCAAGUUCAGUCAACCGUACAAACCAUACUAUUCAACCUCGGCACCAUCAUCCUCGUCGUCGCAGCCGGCAUCUUCGGCUGGUGGCUCAGCGCCAUCCAAUCCGCACCCGAUGACGGCGCGCCCGACGUCCCAGACGCGAAGCCGGAGUUCAGUCUCUGGGGCCAGAUCUUCGGGUACAUAUGCGCGGCUCUGUACCUCGGGUCGCGCAUCCCGCAACUUCUCCUCAACUACCGUCGCAAGUCUACAGAUGGGAUCAGCAUGCUGUUUUUCCUGUUUGCGUGCCUGGGCAAUCUGACAUAUGUGCUGAGUAUCGUCGUGUAUAAACCGAGGUGCAAGCACCAUCACUGCAGAGAGGGCGAGGCCAUGGCUAUCUACGGGCGCUACAUCGCGGUUAACUUCUCAUGGCUGCUUGGUAGCUUUGGUACGCUUAUCCUGGACGCGUGUGUUUUCGUGCAGUACUUCAUGUACAGAAAGGAGGAGGAUAGUGAUGAUGAGGAGGAUUAAGGGGGGGUGGAGAAUGUAGUCUGGGUGGAAAGAACCUGUAUAAUACCCAAAAGUUACUGAGCUGAUGCAUAUGGAGUCGCUGUACAUAUCACGCGGAAGCGUUCUUGAUCGAAUCAAAUUGGAUUUACGCA